AUGGCAUGUACGAAAAUAUUUUCAGGAGAUUUACCCGAAAUAACAAAUGAAAUUAUACAAUAUUUUCGGAAUGACUUUUCAACAUUACAUUCAUGUAUUCUAGUUAAUAGAUUAUGGUGUCGUUUAACAAUUCCAUUAUUAUGGGAAAACCCAUUUUCACUACAAAAUUCUAAAAAUUAUCGUUAUAUUGAACUUUACUUAUAUAAUUUAAAUGAUGAUGAUAAAACACAAUUAAAUGAAUAUGGAAUUAAUAACAAUUUACUUCCUUCAAAUACAUUAUUUAAUUAUCCUAGUUUCAUUCAACAUUUAGAUACUCGUAAAAUUAGUGACUCUAUUGAAAGGUGGGCUGCAGCUGUUAGAACAUCAUCAACAAUUCAAGACCAACUCUUCAUCUAUUCUGUACAAAAGAAUCUUUAUCUAAAAUAUAAAAAAUUAAUAUAUAAGUUAUUGUUACAAAUAAUUAUCGAAAAUGAAGUAAAUAUGCAUACUAUUAAUGUCAAAGUAUUUACAGAUGAAGAUCGCGAGUAUUUUAAUGUAACUUUUGCAUUAGUUUCACAAAAUCCAAAUUUUGUUUGUAAUAUUAAAAAUUUGGCACUUCAUAUAGUUCCAACAACUGAAAAUAUAACAACAUUUAUACAAUUUUUUUAUUCUAAUUGUAAUUCUAUUUCAUCACUUAAUUUAUUAUUUCCAUCAAAUUGUCAUUCAAAAACCGAAAAACAUUUAUCCCUGAUAGUUGAUUCACAACAAAAUCUCAAAAAAAUUUCAUUAUGCUUUAUUAAACUACCUUUAUAUCAUUCAUUAUUAUCAUUAAAGAAUUCUAAUUGUACAAAUACUUUAAGAACAAUUAUAUUUUAUUUCAUUGAUUUUAAAAAUAUAAAGAUUUUAAAUGAAGUAUUUGAACAAUUAAAUGUUUUGGAAUCUAUUCAUAUUCUUUAUUGUUAUUCUUUAGAUUCAAAUUUUAUUCAACAAGUUAUUAAUAUAACCAAACCAUUUAAAUUGAAAUCUUUAAUUAUAGAUAAACCAUUAUUAUUUGAUUUAUUACAAUUAUUAUUACAAAAAUCAGGUAAUUAUUUAGAAAAUCUUAGGAUUGAACCAGAAGAUGAAUCAAAGCAACAAUUAUUGUCAUUAAUCAUAAAAUAUUGUAAAAAAAUCAAAUUUUUAAGAUUAUAUGAUUUUGAUAAUCAAGAGGGUAUUAAUUUAGCAAUACAUUUAAUUGAACAUAUUAAAAAUCAUCUUAAUUAUCUUACUAUUGAUUUUGUAUUAUUUUAUGAAACAGAAAUCAAUUUAUUUAGUUCAAUGGUAUUACAAAACUUAGGACAAAUGCUUCCUACUAAAUUAGAAUAUUUAAGUUUAUCUCUUGAAAUUAAUACAAGUGAUUUUGAAAUUUUUUUGAAAAAUUCACAAAAUACUUUUAUUAAAACAUUAUUAAUCAAAAAUAUCAGAUAUGGAAAACGGAAUGAAGAAGAAAAAAUGAAUAUUUUACCUUUUAUAAAGGAAUAUAUUAUGAAAAAGAAAAGGACUGAAUAUUUUGGUUUUUUAGAAUAUUUUUUCGCUCAAAUUCCUACUAAUGUUGAUGAUUUAUAUUCUUUGAAAAAUGAAGUAAAGGAAUUUAAAUUAUAUAAUAUUACAAUUCAAUAUUAUAAUACUUUAAUUAUUGAUAUUUAUAAAUUUAUCAACGAAAUGUAUUAG